UCUUUUCUCUCUGUCUUUUUUUUACACUAUCAUCAGCAGCAUUGCCAGCUUCAUCAUCAUCAUCAUCGUCAUCAUCCUCCUCCAGCCCAGCCACGGGGUUUUUGGUUAAGCGUCUCUUCAGCCUGCAGCAUCUUCGCGGAGAAUCUCACCGCGGACAGCCCUCCGGUUCGCGUUAAGUGACGUGACAUCGGGCCAAUCCCGUCCUCGCUCGGGUUGCCAACGCCAUUGAAAGCGAGGGGCGGUGUCCAAUGACGAGGGUCGGCCGGGUGGGGGUGCGGGGUGGUUAGUCGGUGUGGUGUGCAUCGCCAACCCCUCCUAUGGGUUUACACAGAGUUAGUGCAAGAUAUUCUGCUCUGGGAGUGAGAGUGCAAGGAUAAACGCCACACACACGCUGCGCAUCCGUGUCACACUGAGCAGCCGUAACAUUAAGGCUGGUGUUUCUAAGUGGGAUCGACUCUGAGCUUUUACACCUUUUUUUGUUGUUGGUUUUUUUUUUUUUGUCUUUUUCAUAAAUGUCCUCGUGAUCUUUUUUUUUUUCUUUCUUUUUAACCUUGAGUCUGAUUAUUGAUGGAGCUCCGUGAACUUGAAACAUGAUGGGACACGCGUGUCUCUUUUUGGGUUCACCUCGUCUGCGCCUUAACCUUCACAGGUAGCCGGGGAGAAAAGGAAAGAAAGAAAGGGGGGAAAGACGCCGGUUCUCUCUGGACAUGCACAGGAGAUGAGCAUUGAUUUUGGGACCCGUUUAAUUGAAGACACCGCAAACCACUGACCACCUUGCUGUGUCUGCUGGAGAGCGACGCUGAUCACCGCAAUCACCGCAGGUCGCACAGUUAGAUCCAGUCAAUUCCUGAAGUUAAAUGGGGGGAAAAGGAACUGCGACAUAUGCAGCUUCCAAUUUACCCCAGUUUCUGCGACCGGCUGCUUUUAUCUAAAACCUGUACUUGUGUCUGAUUAACCCAGUGCUGCUGGGUGAUUGUUGUUAUUAUUUUUUACCUGGAGCCAAAAGCAGAUCGUCAGAGGAGGAUAUCUUUACCUGAAUGAACUACUGUACUACUGUGGAUGAGAAGACUAUGAGCUGACACACUCCAGUUUUUCUUCUGUGCUGCAACCGAUUUGGGUUUAUUCGUGGAAGAUUCCUGCCAGGAGUCACUGUCUGUAACAACACUGCAUAGAAAGAAACCUUUGAGUUUUGAAGGCUGGAAGCAUAUUAACACUGUUAUGGAUCUAAAAGACUAUUACCUGUUGGGUGCACUGCUUGCCUGCGUAUGGCUAGAUCCUUCAAUAGCCCAAGAGCUAAUUUACCCCAUCAGGGAGGAGUUGCAAGAAAAUGUCCUCAUUGGAAACAUACCAAAGGACCUAAACAUUUCCCAUACAAAUGCUGCCACCGGAACGAGUGCUAAUCUUGUGUACCGGCUCGUCUCCAAAGCAGGAGAUAACCCACUGGUCCGUGUUCUGAGCAGCACUGGAGAAAUAUUCACAACAUCAAACCGAAUUGACAGAGAGAAGUUAUGCCCCGGUCCCUCUUUUGAGGACAGCGAGUGCUCCUUUGAAAUUGAAGUGGUCAUCCUGCCUAAUGAUUAUUUCAGGCUGAUUAAGAUCAAAAUAAUCGUUAAAGACACAAAUGAUAAUGCCCCCAUGUUCCCGUCCCCUGUGAUCAACAUCUCUAUCCCAGAGAACACGCUCAUUAACAGCCGCUUUGCUAUUCCUUCUGCCACUGACCCAGACACUGGCCCCAACAGUGUCCACAAAUACGAGCUGAUCAAUGGGCAAAGUGCCUUCGGCUUAGACAUAGUAGAAACGCCUGAGGGGGAAAAGUGGCCCCAGCUCAUUGUGCAGCAGAAUCUGGACAGAGAGCAGAAGGACACGUAUGUGAUGAAGAUUAAAGUAGAGGAUGGUGGCAGUCCACAGAAAUCCAGCACUGCCAUUCUCCAGGUUACUGUGACAGAUGUCAAUGACAACAAACCGGUGUUUAAAGAGAGUCAGAUAGAGGUCCAUAUACCGGAGAACUCCGUUAUUGGCACAUCUGUAGUGCAGCUCCAAGCUACAGAUGCAGACAUAGGGGCAAAUGCAGAGAUACAUUAUGUAUUUGGGACUCAGGUGUCUCCUGCUACAAAAAGACUGUUUGCACUGAAUGCAACAUCUGGCCUAAUUACAGUGCAGAGACCUCUGGACAGAGAAGAAACUGCUAUCCAUAAGCUCUCUGUUUUAGCUAGUGAUGGCAGCUCAAGUCCAGCCAGAGCUACUGUUACCAUAAAUGUGACUGAUGUUAAUGACAAUCCACCUAAUAUAGACCUGAGAUACAUAAUCAGUCCCAUUAAUGGCACUGUUUUCCUCUCAGAGAAGGAUCCCAUCAAUACAAAGAUAGCACUCAUCACAGUGUCAGACAAAGACACUGACAUUAACGGCAAGGUCAUUUGUUUCAUAGAGAAGGAUGUGCCCUUCCAUCUAAAAGCUGUGUAUGACAACCAGUAUCUGUUAGAGACAUCCGCACUGCUUGACUACGAAGGGACAAAGGAAUAUAACUUUAAAAUUGUAGCGUCUGACUCUGGAAAGCCGAGCUUGAAUCAGACUGCCUUGGUGAGAGUGAGGCUGGAGGAUGAGAAUGACAACCCGCCUAUUUUUACUCAGCCAGUUAUUGAGCUGGCUGUUAUGGAAAACAACAAACGUGACUUGUUCCUCACGACUCUUAGCGCCACAGACGAGGACAGUGGGAAAAAUGCAGAAAUUGUUUACCAGCUGGGACCAAAUGCAUCAUUUUUUGAUCUUGACCGUAAAACAGGUGUUCUGACUGCAUCCAGGGUUUUUGACCGGGAGGAUCAGGAUAGGUUCCUCUUCACUGUAACAGCAAGAGAUAACGGGACGCCCCCUCUGCAAACGCAGGCAGCCGUUAUUGUAACCGUGCUGGAUGAAAAUGAUAACAACCCCAAGUUCACACAUAACCACUUCCAGUUCUUUGUGUCUGAGAAUCUUCCUAAGUACAGUACUGUGGGGGUGAUAACUGUGACAGAUUCAGAUGCCGGAGAAAAUGCUGCUGUUUCUCUUUCUAUUCUGAAUGACAAUGAGAACUUUAUACUAGAUCCUUACUCUGGGGUGAUAAAGUCUAAUGUAUCCUUCGACAGAGAGCAGCAGAGUUCCUACACUUUUGAUGUAAGGGCUGUGGACAGUGGCAGGCCUCCUUGCUCCUCAGCUGCCAAGGUGACCAUCAAUGUCAUUGAUGUGAACGACAACACACCCAUCGUUAUCUACCCACCCUCCAACACGUCUUUCAAGCUCGUGCCUCUCUCCUCUAUCCCAGGAUCUGUGGUAGCAGAGGUGUUUGCUGUAGACGGUGAUACAGGGAUGAAUGCAGAACUCAAAUACACAAUUGUGAGUGGGAAUAACAAAGGUCUGUUUCGAAUUGACCCAGUCACAGGGAAUAUUACUUUGGAGGAAAAGCCAGCACUAACCGACAUAGGCUUGCACAGAUUAGUGGUCAAUAUCAGUGACCUGGGUUAUCCCAAAUCUCUCCAUACUCUUGUGCUGGUGUUUUUGUAUGUUAAUGACACUGUGGGCAACUCAACACUCAUCAAUGAUCUCAUUCGACGCACCAUGGAGACCCCAAUUGACCGAAACAUUGGUGAAAGCAGUGAAACCUAUCAGAGUGGUGACUAUUUAACCAUAAUGAUAGCUUUUGUUACCGGCGCCUUGGUGGUGAUUAUUGUCAUCUUUGUGACUGUGCUGCUGCGCUGCCGCCAUGCUUCUAGAUUCAAAGCCGCACAGAGAAAAAAGCAGGGGGCAGAGUGGAUGUCACCCAACACAGAAAACAAACAGAACAAAAAGAAAAAGCGCAAGAAAAGGAAGUCCCCCAAAAACUCCUUGCUCAACUUUGUCACCAUAGAGGGGAACAAACCUGACGAUCCUGCCCACGAGCCAAUCAACGGAACCAUCAGUCUGCCCACCGAGCUGGAAGAGCAAGGGAUUGGACGCUUUGAUUGGAAUGCCACGCCGACCACAACCUUCAAACCUAGCAGCCCAGACCUGGCCCGGCACUACAAAUCCGCCUCGCCGCAGUCAGCCUUUCAUCUCAAGGCUGACACACCGGUCUCAGUGAAGAAGCAUCACGUGAUACAAGAGCUCCCAUUGGAUAACACAUUUGUGGGGGGCUGUGACACCCUUUCCAAGAGAUCCUCCACGAGCUCCGACCACUUCAGUGCCUCAGAGUGCAGCUCCCAAGGAGGGUUCAAGACGAAGGGGCCCAUGCACACCAGACAGCAGGGAACAUUAACUCGUGCCCGAACUGAACUGAACCCUGAAUAUCUGGACCUUCGUCCUCGAGCUGAGCUGAACCCUGAAUAUUGGACCCCUUGCACCCCUUUAUCACAGCGGCGCGUCACGUUUCACCUGCCGGAUGGCUCCCAGGAGAGCUGCAGUGACAGCGGUCUGGGGGACCACGAGCCUGUAGGCAGUGGCUCCCUCCUCACACAACCUCUCCCUCUGGUGCAGGCGCAGGACGACUUCUACGAGCAGGCCUCCCCUGAUAAGAGGACUGAAGCUGAUGGAAACUCCGAUCCCAACUCUGAUGGCCCCCUUGGACCACGCGGUCUAGUGGAAGCUACAGAGAUGUGUACACAGGAGUGCCUUGUCCUGGGACAUUCAGACAACUGCUGGAUGCCGCCAACACUGGGAACAUACCAACAGCCCAAGUCACCUGUAACCAGCUUCGGGUCUCAGAGGGAGUGGGGUCCCAAGGACAAACUGCUCAAUGGACAUACUCUGAGCAGAACCUGGAAAAAUGAGAGUGGGCGGUCAGAGCAUUUUGGUGACAGAAAGCAGUUUGGAAGUGGGGAGGGACACUUCACCAGCAGUGGCAUGGCUGAUAUUCCACUGGUGAGUCUCAAGUCCUGCCAGCCAGCCUCUUGCCCAGACAGCCCAAAGGACCAGCAGCUAUAAGAGGGACUUUCCUUCUGUGCUGUUAGAUGUCCUUACAUCUGGACACAGUGAACAGGCGGAGCAUUCAUCUGAGCUCCUCCCCAUUUUAUUUUUUCUCUCUUAUUUCUGUUCUUCGCGCUUAAGUUGAUGCUUCUGCAGUGUAAGAGCCACAUUUACUAUGGUGGUCACAAAAUAGUGCUUAUGCUGUGUUACCAUGGCUCUAGAGGAAACUGUGUGUGUGAUCCUCUAUGGAUUUCUUCAACAUUCAGCAAGGUUUUCUGUUGAGUUCGAAUUGGACAAGUGCCACGGGGACAUGCAUAAAUUAAAAGAAAUUAGAAGAAAGGAAAAAAAAACUACCAUGGCUGACCAAUAUAUACAAAUAUUUGUGGUGUGGUUGUUAUUGAGUUGUUCAGGACUAUAUUUAAUCGACACAAUCAAAGAAAAUGGAAUUACACUUCAGAAAGUGUUGUUCUAACACUGUUUGUGAACACUUGUUUAUUCUGUCAUUGUCUCUGUGUUUGUAAAUAAGACUUAUUAACCACUAUCAUGUAUCUGUAAUAUCCAAAGUGAAUAGGACAGUUUUUGGCCGUUGUCAUUAUAAUGCCUUGUCAUCAGAAUUUGGGAUUUUAGCUGGACGGAGCUCUAUAAUAUGGGAAAAUGUACAACAACAAGACAUUUACGUAUUUCUUGGAAAAAAUACUGUUGAUUUUGAAGCAAAUUUUCCAUCUCGUAAUAUACCCAGUGUUGCCCAUAUUUCGUAAUAAUUUUCUUCAAGUAAUGCAAAACCACAACCAAAUCUUUUUUUCUAAAAAAAACAAAAGAAAAACACAAACAAACAAAAACAAAAAAGCAAAAUGUUUUGUAUGAAGGAUGUCAGUGCUCAAUAUGUGCAUUAUAAAAAUGAAAAGCUCUGAAAGCUCUCCAUAAACCGGUUUUGAAGGUGUUCAGUACAAAUUAAAUAGCAAUAUAUUUGUAAAUGGCUAAAUGUUUUAUCUAAUGUUGAUCUUAUUACUGUAUAGAUUUUAUUCAAAUUGUGAUUUGACUGAGAAAAAUCCCUCAGUAGUAUCUGCAGUUUCCUGGCAUAUGUAUAUAUAUGUAUUAUUUCCACACAAACUAUUAUUUUCCAUACAUAAGAAAACACAGGUUAAGAUAACACUUUAAUCACUGUGCCUUCAUGAUGUUUCUUCAAAUACUGAAUUGUGCUUAUUUCAUUGACAACAUGUUGGCUACAAAGAAUAUUCUGUAUGAUAAUCAAAUGCCUUAUGCAUUGAAUGUUUGCCAAAUUUAGAGACAUAAUCACACACAUGUUAAAGUACAAAAUCAAGUAGAUGAUACUGAAGAAAAACACAAAGGCAUGUGCAGAUAAUGGGUUAACCAUGAGAGACCAUUUUCUGUCAUUCCACUGUCUGAAAAGGUUUGUUUUAUUCCACAGCAUGGAGGGCAAAUUACACAAUGGAAAAAGCAUGCUAAAAGAUAUAGCUUUUAAAAUUAACUUGAUCAUUUUUGUGUCAUUUUACUUUGUUGGAAUAGCGUUGAUUUGUGCAUUAAGGAGAGAUUCAGUUUGUAAAGCACUUUCAUAUUUAUGUCACAAUAUAAUGAAGUUAAGUGGGAUGGAGUGAUUUGCUUAUCGCAGUAUGUUUGUCAGUUGUGAGGGUGUUUGACAACACAGAUACUGAACAGUUAAUCCUUGUUACUACUCUACAGGUAUACAGCUACUGCAAUAAAUGUUUUAAUUACG